UAAUAGGUGGCAUGAUUUUAAAUGCCCCAUUUCAGAUAUAGCCUAAAACUGACUGAGAAUGCACUGUCUAAUGAAUGAUGGCUAGAAUUGGAUUGUCAUUUUCCAGCAAUGGCAUUUUAUUAUCUUCACCUCUUGAAUUUACUGAACUUAUCGGAAAAAUGUCAAUCUUGUGUUUAAACUGAAAAAAUUGACGUGGCUCAAUAGUUAAAGACUGCCUAGGCUAACAAAUAUUUGUCAAACGAUGCGUGAUGCCGUCUACUCUGUAGCAUAUUCAACAGCACUCGAAAGAAAAGGCCGAUAUUUUAUGAAUGAAUGAAAUCUACCAAGUGGUCAUUCCAUUCAGCUGGAGCAUAACAAAGACCUCAUACAGUAGCCUACUCAUUUCUAUCACCACGUUAAUGAAACGAACCAUAACAAUCGGAUGAAAAUGAGAGCAAGCAAGGGACAGAUGCCGAAACAUUCACAUCAUAUAGCCUACACGUAUGAGAAAAAAAUAUUUACACUCAAUUAGCUCACGCAUAUUGCGCAACACAAAGAAAAAAAGAAGCUACUACAAUCCCAGCCAGAGUUUGCCAUUGGUGUGAAAUAAUAAGUAUGCGCCUCCAUUUCAAGUCAGUCCGUAGGAUCUCCAUUUCAGGUGUCAUUUGGAUAGGUGUGCUGUUCCUUUUCCAGCUGUGGGGCCAAGUAAAGAAACGGUAGAAAAAGGAUGGAAAAUAGUAAGACUACAGCACCAAAAAGGUGCACCGUGUUCACAGGACAAUUAAAAAAUGUCGAAACUAAAGGCUGAAACAAGUCCAUGAAGAUGAGAGUUGGUUCAUGGCGCUACCCCCUUCCCCUUAUAUAUAAGUGAACUUAUACGUGCACAUAUGUCUGGAAAUGCCAUUGGGUGCCAUGAUAAACUUUAUUGUGGCCGAUGAGAAUGGGAGGGGGGUAAAGGGUGCAAGCACCACCCCUAGAAAUGCAGCAAACCUCUCCCAUGGUUCUGGUGUGGGCUCUGCUGCGCGCACUAGGAGCUGGAGACGUGCUUUGCACGGCACUCAUCGCAUUGGCAGGCGGAUGAUGACACGUGUCUCCUCCUCGCCCCCCCACCCCCGAGGCUCCUGCGUACCGCUCCGGCAUCACUAACGGCUGAGGGCAACUGUGGAAGCGGUGCCGCAACCACCACCACGGACUAAUUCAUCCUGAAAAUCGGACCACUUUGUCCGCGGCACGAUUUGCAAGGGAGCGGACAGACUGGGUGUUCCACUGCGCAACCACUACGCCCGGAUUUUUGCCACCGUGAAAGACCAAAAAAGAGCAGCGCGUGAUAAUGAUGAGGGGACCGAGACGCGACGUCUGAAGGUGACAUGAAACAAGGGAUUAUCGGCAGCAGCAGGUGUACUUUUAAUAAGAAUCGGAGAUAACGAGUCAGGCGUUGGUAAGUUUUCCAUUCGAAGACUUUUAUUCAUGCGUAAAAAGAAAGCCUAAAGUAAACGCCUCAAUACGAGAUCAUCCCCAUUAGUCUAUCGAUAGGUAGUGUUUUGGGAAAACAGAAAACAAACAAACAUGGCAACGUUAAUCCGCGGCAAGAUUUCCAACAAGAUCACCAAUGCAGCCAACACCGUCUCCCACAAGUCCCAGGCGAAGGUUAGUGGGAUGUUUGCGAGGAUGGGGUUCCAGGCCGCCACCGACGAGGAGGGGCUGGGCUUCGCCGCAUGCGAUGAUUUGGAUUAUGACCAUCGGCAGGGGCUACAGAUGGACAUCAUGAAGAACGAAGAAAUGGGAGGAGGGGGAGAAGGCAGUGGGGACAUGGGCGGGGAUGGCACCAUGGACGGGGACAGCCACUACCAGAGGGACGGUACAGGACCUCCACCUUCCUCCUCGAAAGACGGCGAACUGUGCGCCGAAUUGGCUAAAGGGGACUCGCCAAAAAUCACCGCCUGGGAGGCAGGUUGGAACGUCACCAAUGCCAUCCAGGGAAUGUUCGUUCUUGGGCUACCCUACGCCAUCCUGCACGGCGGAUACCUCGGACUGUUCCUCAUUAUAUUUGCCGCGGUGGUGUGCUGCUACACGGGCAAGAUCCUCAUCGCAUGUCUGUACGAAGAGAACGAAGAUGGACAGCUGGUGCGAGUAAGAGAGUCGUAUGUGGACAUUGCCAAUGCCUGCUGCGCGCCCAGAUUCCCCACCCUCGGCGGUCGAGUAGUGAAUGUAGCCCAGAUCAUAGAGCUGGUGAUGACCUGUAUUCUGUACGUGGUUGUGAGCGGCAACCUGAUGUACAACAGCUUCCCCACUCUGCCGGUGUCGCAAAGAUCCUGGGCCAUCAUCGCCACGGCGAGCCUCUUGCCCUGCGCCUUCCUCAAGAACCUCAAAGCGGUGUCCAAGUUCAGCUUGCUCUGCACGCUCGCCCAUUUCGUCAUCAACGUGCUGGUGAUCGCCUACUGCCUGUCCAGGGCGCGAGACUGGGCCUGGGACAAAGUCAAGUUCUACAUCGACGUCAAGAAGUUCCCCAUCUCCAUUGGGAUUAUCGUGUUCAGCUACACCUCCCAGAUCUUCCUGCCCUCGCUGGAGGGCAACAUGUCGAAUCCGGCCGAGUUCCACUGCAUGAUGAACUGGACGCACAUCGCUGCUUGCAUCCUCAAAGGCCUCUUCGCCCUUGUGGCCUACCUCACCUGGGCAGACGCCACCAAGGAAGUGAUCACGGAUAACCUGCCGGGUGGCAUCAGGGCGGUGGUGAACCUCUUCCUGGUAGCCAAGGCGUUGCUCUCCUACCCCUUGCCAUUCUUCGCUGCUGUUGAGGUCUUGGAGAAAUCCUUUUUCCAGGACGGAGGGCUCGCCGUGUUCCCGAACUGCUAUGGCGGCGACGGGCGCCUGAAGUCGUGGGGCCUCUCUCUUCGGUGUGCCCUUGUGGUGUUCACCAUGUUCAUGGCCAUCUACGUGCCCCACUUCGCCUUGCUCAUGGGCCUGACGGGAAGCCUCACGGGCGCCGGCCUCUGCUUCCUGCUCCCCAGCCUCUUCCACCUAAGGCUGAUGUGGAGACAGCUCCAGUGGCACCAGGUGUUCUUCGAUGUGUCGAUCUUUGUCAUUGGGGGGAUAUGCGCUAUAUCCGGUUUCAUCCACUCAAUGGAGGGCCUGAUUGAAGCCUAUCAGUAUAACAUUGAAGAUUAGUGUAGAGGGGCUUAGAGGUUACCUCACAUUCCCACACAGCGAGUAACCAAGCACCCCCUCCCCCCAUGCGAGUGAAGCCCCCUUGCUUUAAGUAAACUUCAUGCGAUACCAAGUUGGCGCAACCAUUCUCGAUGCACAUGCACAUUGUGCGCAGAUGGACAGCCUGCUACAUUC